UAAUGUAUGUUCGUGAUAGCUCACACUUGCCUUCGAAAGAAAGAUCUGACCGAUUUGAUUAGGGUAAUAAUUCAGUUGAUGUAGAAAAGACGGCAGUAAGCGUAUUACAUGAUUGGUUACAGCAGAAGAUGAGGCCUACCGUUGUGCUAAAGUCCGGAAAAGAUAUGAUGGGAGGUACACCUAUCAUUCGAUCUUCUGUAAUAUGAAAUCCCCUUGUGUCAAGAACUGUAUCAGUUGUGAUGAAGACACCGUUGCAUUUCAGUUAUGAUAUUUUCAUGUUAAAUGUUUGCUCCGCGUGCGUUUAUUCUUAUAUUGUCCGUUAAUGGGGUACUCGGUGGGAAUCGCGUUUCGGGAUACUCGGAUCCAUCGUUGCGAAUGUUCAGCCGGUGCUUACGUUUCAUCGGGCCAAGCUUGGGUGUGUGAAUGUUAUAUACCGGACUUCUGUGCUUAUCUGUUAGUCGUAGGACCAUGUCUUCAUUGCCUUGGAACAACACGUCAUCGUUGAGAGGAACCUCGACCUGGAUUCAGUCUGCUCAAUGUUGCUAGGAAGAUCGGCCAGCUUGCAUUCAACAAGGUUCCACAUUCAUUGGAAUAUUGAAUUUUAAGUCAUUAGCAUUACUGUGAAAAUAUACAUUGUUUUGGAUGUACUCUUCUUACUGCUUCAUGCACUUCGAGUUUCGGACCAGCUUAAUCUCAAAUCCAGCCGUUUUUAUUCAUCUUUGAUAAUCUGCUUAGUCUUGGACUCAGCCUGUUCGAGAUUUCUCUUAUGAUCUGCUACAUCAGGACUUCAACUUCUCCAAGAUUUUGUUCAAGAAUUUCAUCUUACUGUGAAGUUAAUCUGAUAAAACUUUUCUGAAGAAGAUGUACAAACUCUAAUUUGAUCUUGAGAAGAUGUUCUAUGAAGACAAGGAUGAACACUACAAUCCGACUAAUACUGUGAUGGGACUGAUACUUUCUUGAUGCUUCAGCUUGGAAUACAGAUAAGAUAUCAAGUGGUUUGCCUGAAUAUCGGAAGCUGAGGAGGAAUAUCUCCAAUUCUUGAAGUUGCAUCAGUUCAACUUCAUUAAACCUUCAAACUUGGGAUUCACCAUGGCAAACACUGUAGCUUUCAUCAACUUGAAUUGAUACAAGGCACUCUGUUCAGUUCAAUUUCAUUGGACAUUCAACCCUAUGGUUCAUUGUGACUUCACACUGUUUUUGUCAUCUUGAACAUUGAUCAGUGCCUCUUGAUUAGCUAAGUUUCAUCAGAACUGGGAAUCUACAUGUAGAUCGUUAGAUACAACGUAGACAUUGCCAACCUGAACAUACAGUGUACAUUGGCACUUGGAUCUGACCUCAGAACUUCAAAUCUCGGAUACAUUGUGAAGUACGCUGGUGAAUCUUUUGCACUUGGAUCAUCCAAACUUCAUCAGAACUUCAAAACUUGGAUGCAUUGUGGGGGAACACAGUUUUGCCUCUUUUGCACUUGGAUCAUCUGAAGUUUAUCAGAACUUCACUUGUACAUGUGUGCACAGGCUAGUAUGAUUGUGAAUGUACCCUUUAUAUUGUUGCUGACUUGAAGAUAGAUACUGUGGCACUUCAGAGUCUACACCUUGCCUUCAGGUUGAUCCUACUUGUAGGAAGGAGCAAAACCUUGAAGUGAACUGAUCUUUCUUGUUGACAUCAAUUGUGACAACAUUCGUCAUCUUCACAUUGUACCUUAUCUUGACAGCAUCAGCUCAUCUCGACCAGUGCUACAUGUAAUUGCAAUCCACAUUUCCUUUCAUUAAAGUUUUAAGAUCAGUAUUGAAAGAAUAAUGUUCUGAACUUUGGCUUUGCAGAUCAAACUUCAUCUGCCUUGUUGAAGUUCAAUCUCUCUUUAUUCCCCUGUAUUUUAUGUUGUGACAACAGAGACAAGACAAAGGUGAACUUUUACAGAUAACCUACACCCUAUCAACUCUGACACGGUAAACUUUCUAGACAUUCUUUGAUGCCAAGGAAAGACAUUCUUUGAUCUUAAAGAAAAUUGCCACAUUUGGAUACCACCUUGUUAUCUGCACUUCCCAGUGAACCAAGUUCUCUGCAUCGAGGUCUAUCUCGAAACAGUACUUGACACCUGUUGUUCACCGUGUUCCUGCAAUCUUUCUAUCAUCGUACUGUCAUCCCUGAGGAAGGCAUCUUACUGUCAUCAUGGCUACUACUGGAGAUGACUGCUACUUCUUCUACUACUCAACCUGUACAAAGGGUCCAUCCUGCCCUUAUCGGCAUGUCGAGGCUGCCAGAGGAAAUGAAGUAACUUGUAUCAACUGGAAGCAAGGCUACUGCUUCCGACCAAACUGUGCCUUCAGACACAUGGAGAUAACGAAGAAUCGUUCUGAGAUAGCAUGUUUCUGGGAGAGUCAACCAUCUGGAUGUCAGAAACCCCACUGUCCUUUCAGACAUGUCAACAAAACAACGUCAGAAUCGGGACCAGCGUCUUCGACAUCGCUCAUCAAUAAAAUACCAACCAUUGUAGGCCCAGUGACCAAGCCCCUCCCACCAGUGGUCAGUCCAUCCACCCCUGUGACUACAAUGGUAGCUCCUAGUGUCCAGACCCCACCUGCUCUCUCAGUAGAUGACCUUCAAGGUCUACCAGCGGUCAAUCCAGUAGUCGUCCAUCCCAUGGACAGCGAAGAUGAUGAAAGCCUUGGUACGAUGAGCACAGAUGGGAGUCCUGGUAAGAAGGUCAUCCUCUCCCCGAUCAGACCGUCACUAGGUCAGGAGAAGCUCUCACAACUUCGUCAGACCACCAUCAGACCCACUAUUGGUGCAAGACCAGUUAUCAGUCAAGAGAAGCCUCGGUCAUUUGGUAUUAAGACACUAGCUGAGAUCCGCCGAGAGAAGAACAUCGAGAGAGGUCAUGUUGAAGAAGAAGAAAAAGAAGAGGAAGAUAAAGAGAUGGAAGAGGAGGGAGAUAUAGAAGAAGAAAUGUUUCCACCUUUGUCAAGGAGAAUUAUUGCAGUCAGUAAUAACAGUACUCGUAAAUUCAAGGUCAAGGAGGAUGCCGUCAAACCAAAAGUUACGACUGUGUCUCAGCAUGUGGGAAAGCUUGGAGUGAAGAGUCGAGCCCAAUUACGUGAAGAACGCUUCAAGAGGCUGGGCAGCAGUCUCGAGCAAGAGGAAGGAGCAGCAAAUAACCUCGCUAAACGUCUCAAGGUUGUGCGAAAUGUUCCUGAUCCAGAGAAGGAGCCGCUUGAGGAUGUACCGAAGAAAGCUCUUGUACGGAGAGUAAUGGUUGGUGGUGGUGAUAGCAUAGGAGAGAGAAAACCAGCUAAAGAUUCAGAGAGUUCUGGGCUGGACUCUAUCAAGAUAAAGACUGUCGCAGAGAUCAAAGCAGAACGAUUAAAAGAUCGGCUAGGAAAGCAAGUUGAAAGUAACAACUCGUCUCAGGAUAAGGUAUCCUCGUCUGUUGGCCCUAGAGGGAGACUUUCAGCCAGAUUGGGACAGAUCGUCAGGACUGUUCAAGAAGACAAUGACUCCAAGCCUGUUGUCCAGGAAUCUUUAGCUUUCAAGAAGUCAUCUUUAGCAUCCCGUCUAGGUAAGGACAAAGACUCCAAUUCUGUCGUCCAGGAACCUUCAGCUGUAAAGAGGACUUCUGUAGCAAUGCGUCUUGGUAAGGACAAAGACUCCAAGACUGCCAUCCAGGAAUCCUCAGCUGUACAGAGGACAUCUCUAGCAAUGCGUCUGGGUAAGGUCAUUGAUGCUGUCAAAGUCGAUGCUGCGGGAGACAGACCUGAUGAACCUUCUGCGAGGAGAGGAAACCUGGCUGCAAGGUUAGGAAAACCACCCUCUGAAGUGGGUAAAGGGAAUAAUCCCAGCGUUGGGAUUAAAGUUAAGAGCUUAGCCGAGAUCAAGAGGGACAAACUCUUGAGGAGGCUUGGGAAGCCUCUCACUGACUCUGAUGGUGAAAGUGGGAUGUCGGACAAGGAGAAAGAAUCAUCACAAGAGCAAGAAGAGUACUCUGAAGAAGAAGAUGAAGAAGAGGAGGAGGAUAAAAAGGAGGAGAGUUUUGAGGAGAAAUCACCAGGGGAUAUCCGGAUCAAGACUCUGGCUGAGAUACGUCAGGAAAAACAAAGUCGCCUACCACUCUCAUCCAAGUCUAGUGAGGCUCUAGACAAAGACCCUGCAAGAGAGACUCAGAAGAAAGGAGCCCAGUCUGCUAUUGAGAGGAGGAAUAAGAGGAGAGGCGAGAUUGCCUUGUAUAAGCCACCUGGUGCUGCUCGAGGAUUGAAAGAGAACAAGGGUUCUCUCAUUGGUCAACGGAGAGCUGCAACUGUAGACAUCAGUGAUGAUACUGAGAAGGUGAGUGAGAAGCCAGCGAUCAAGGUACGUCGACUGAAUCUCACCAAGUCUGUAGAGAAUGCCAACAAGGGAACAGACUCUAUCCUUACUGUCAUCAAACAGAAGAAAGAUAUCAUCAAAGAUGAUGCUCCGGUCAUAAAGAUUAAGAGUCUAGCCGAGAUCAGAGCCGAGAAGCAACGUCUCGGUCGAAAGGCCGAAGCAGCGUCGGGUGGAGAGAGCGAGGGUUCAGGAGGCGAAGAGGAUGCCCAGGAGGAGGAGGAGGAGACAAAGAAAGAGGUGGAGAAGAGAUGGGAGAGGAGAUCAAAGAUAUGGAGUUGCUCCCCUGUGAAAGCCAAGACAGAGGAGGUGCCUGUUAAAGGAAAGAUAUUAACAGAAGAAACUGGAGAUGAGAAGAGCCUCGACGAAAUCCGAAGAGAACGGCGAGCGCGGUUAUGGAACACGGCGACCUCAUCGGACGAUGCCCCCUCCAACCCAAUCAUCAGGAAGCCGGGCGGUCAGGUGAUCUCGGGCUCCGCCCCCGAGAUCAAGAUCAAGACCCUUGCCGAGAUCAGGAGAGAGAAACAACUCAGGGAACAGCAGAUGCAGCAGCAGACUGGUAUUAGCCAGAUCUCAGAGGUUACCACACAGGGUUCAACACAGGAGGAUAGCUUGAGAACUGACAGUUUACCAGUCAGGGAGCCAGAGACUGGUGACAUUUCUUCAUCUACAAGUACUACAGGAGUGGAUGGGGAUGCUGACUCGAGAAGGGAGUCAGCACCAGUCAGCCAGGCUGCAAGUACAUCGACGAAUAACCCAGGUACUAAACUAGCACGAAAGCCACUACAGAGAAGGAGAGGUAGACCGGUAUCUAUCACAUCUCAGGGAAAUACCCACUCUGCGCCAAGCAGUACAUCUACUAAUGUACAGUCCGUCCAACCUGAAACCCAGCCUGAACCUUCAUCGCCACCACAAGCCUCAUUGGCCGUCACGACCACAAUAAUAGAGGGCAGCAGACCUGCUGCUACAUUCAAAGAGCCCGAAGCUAGCCGACCGAUUCCAGAAGAGAGCAGGGUGAGCCGAGAAGUGCCUGAAGUUAGCAGCCGAGAAGAAGUCUACAUUCCAGAUGUUAGGGUCGAGGUAGAGCCUGAUACCACGUCUACAAUAUCGCCAGCUUUAACGCAAACAGAGGCAGUGGUAAUUGAAGCCAAACCAUCCAUUGCACGUCUCUCCAGCGUUACCGACGAUGACCUCCAUCGUUUCCUCCAGGAGAACGACGACGAUGACCUAGAUCCCGUUCCAGCAGUCACCGUAGCAGCCCAUGAAGAAGACGACGAUCUUUUGAACGAGCUCGACGACUUCCUGAAUAGUUGAUGAUUGUCCGACACUAGAUAUUAUAUUUCGUAUCUGUUUUUGUAUAAUGAAGAAGACGACAAUCUUUUGAACGAGCUGGAUGACUUCCUGAAUAGUUGAUGAUUGUCCGACACUAGAUAUUAUAUUUCGUAUCUGUUUUUGUAUAAUGUAGGAUUCUACAUUAAGUAGGUUUAUGUGCUCACAAUUCAAAAUCUAGACCUUCAAAAUGCUCUUCAUGAUAUGUUUAUUGGGGUUUCCCAAUGCGAAAGGUGUAAUUAAAGUGAUUGGUUAACAUUGGUUUGACUUUUAAAAUAUCUGAGAUAGAAGAUCACACUUGUCACCUGUGUCUGUGAUAUGUUCCAAAAUGAAGCCCAG